AGACACGACAAGCUUGUGUCGGAAUUUAUUCAAAGCAAUGUCUUGUCAGUAUCUUAAUAGUCUUGAACAAUGACUGUGCCUGAGAAGCGCCGCGUGUGAACUUCCGCAGUGCAUUAUUUACCCCUAGCUAUCUCCGUCUCGCGAUAGCAAGAUGGACACCUCGACCACUUCGGAGGAGGAGCUGGAGACGUCCCACGAGACAUCCGCGGAGAGCAUUGGGAACGAAGUCACAGACCUCCGGGAUGUCACCCUGCCCCACCGCCCCUCGCCCUUCACCCUCAGGUCCCAGUGCGGCAAUGGGCGAUGUCCCAUGGGCACGGGUCUCUACUUCCGCUCCAGGAUCAGCCCUUCUCCUGGCAAGGGAACAGGCGAGGUCUUCUUGGAAACUCGGAGUGGAAACAGAUAUCGAAAUUAUGACGUCGGAGAGCGAGUCCGAAGCAGACGUCGCCGGCGCUCAGACCAGAGCCGCAUGGACACCACGGACGGCACUAACACCACGCUGGACACCUCUCUGGACACCACGCUAGAGCACCACCAUCACCACCAUCACCACCACCACCACGGGCAUCACCAUCACCACGCACACGACCAUGAACACCAUCAGCAUGACCACGAAAGCCACAACCACCGGCCUCACCACCACCACCGCCACCACCACGAAGAGGAAACUCAGGAGAGGGCAAGGGUGUCGCGGAGGAAAACAAAGGAGACAACUGUAACGUCAAGUGAGAGCAGAGAGAAGACAACCUACCGGACUGCAACAGACUCCAGGAGCCAGGUUGCGACGCAGGUGGAUGCAAAUGGAGGCAUAGGGGGCAUCGCAGAAACGGUUAGGAACAGCGUGCUCGGGUUCUUUACGCCGACGAAAAAUACCUCGCUGCCAGCCAUUGUGGAAUCGUCUGAGUCGGGAUUUGAAGAAGGGAGUGUGACAGGUGAAACGGUAGUUGCCUCAUCACCAAACUCGGAGAGAUUUGUGUCUGCCCGGGAAUUCUUCGCAGAAGCAGACACUCGAGAACGUCUGACCAGCGACUACUUCAGUGGGAGUGAUACACCAUCAAAAUUAAGGGAGAGCACUCGCCGUUUAAGCCUCUGCAAGCCAAACAAUCCUUACAUUGCAUAUUCGUCAGAUGAAGAAUUUGAUGACUGGAAACAACAACCCAAGUCAGACUACACCUAUAGUACCUCACUCACUUACCGCGAUCGAGUGACCCCAGACCGGAAGAUCGGGUCCCCAAACAUGUCCCGUCGGUCUCUCAGGGGUGGGAAUGUGGGCUACCUCAAAUCCCCAGAUUUCUCAGACAUUGGGUUGGAUAGUGAACAGACGACCAGUAGCCUUAAUCUCAGGAACCGAGCAGUACUUAGGUCCAUGGAUGCUCUGUCAGAUACCAGCGAUGCUGAAGACACGCAGGAACAGCUUAUCAUACCCAGGAGAAGAUCCAGUAGGAGUCGAAGUAUUGAUGUCAUGCCAAAGUCAAAUGGCACAGCGAUGAGCCGAACAAUUACAUCUUCAACUUACACAACCACAAGAACCCUCCACCGUGGCCUUGAUGCAGACAGUGAUGUUGAUGAUGGCAGUGAGUCUACAGUCCCAAUUCGUGCAACACCGCUGACGGCAAGAGGUGGAACUCCCCUUGGCCGAUCCUCAACGCCACUCACCGGAUUGAGAAACAGAUCAUCACUCAUUGCUGAAAACACCAGAGUGGGCUACACUUUGGCAAAGGGGGCCAUUGCUGAAGACAUUGAGGAAGAAGAUGAGAAACCCAAAAAUACUAUUGUGGCAUGGAGUCGGAAGAGCUGGGAGACUGUGGUGCGAAUGACAAUGAUAAUGACCACAUCAGUGAUAGCCAUGGCCACAAGAGCAGUUACAGCCACUACCUCAAAUAAAGUUGAUGAGGAUCCCCAGUCGGAGAAGGCCUCUCAGUCGUCACUCAUAUCCAGAAUUAACACAACGCGAAGGAGGAUGGUAACCUCGACAACCGAGUACUGGGAAUCGACGAAGGAACGCCUUAGGAAGAACCCCAUUCUGAUCUGGAUCCCUCUGCUGCUCCUGCUCCUUAUACUGGCUCUUGUGGCUUACUGGUGGCUGUUGCAGUCCCGUGCCAAGACAGGUGAUGCUACUGAUCCCAAAGAAACUGAUGGAACCUCAUUCCUGACACUUCUUGUGACUUCUGUCUCUGACAUGACCCAUUCAUCAAUAUCUGGCAUCUCUUGGGGUUUAGGCCUUGCUUGGCUGUCCCUUGUAGACUUGUGUGAAUGGAUUGGAUCUGCAUUUGUUGCCGGUGCAUCUGCUGCUUGGGUAUCAGUUUCGGGCAUGUUCACAUGGCUUGGGUCUGUGACGUAUGCCUGCCUUGCUUAUGCAUUAGACUGGCUGUAUAUUGUGUUAGGGUUCCUGCAGUAUAUAGGCCUAGCCAUCCUAAGUUUCUUUACUUCUGGUGUCUCUUAUCUCUCUGCCCUCUUCCUUCCUGUCAAUGAUACCAAUAACAAUGUGGAUGAAGCCCAAACCACCACUGAAGACGUCAAAUCGUGGAGCGUGGUUGGCUGGGUCUCGAGCAUCGUCUCCAAGGAAAGUUUCUCUCAGUUAUAUGCAAGCGCUACCGAAAUAACCCAAACCUCUGGAAAUUGGUUAUGGAAUAGCUGGCUGUGGCUUAUUGUGACCCUUGGAGAAGCCCUAACUUCUGCUGCUACUUACGCUCAGUGGCUCCUCUACAGCCUCCUUUCUCUUGUUGUCUACCUUUUAACGGGACUGUGGAAUCUUCUGGUAUACUUGUUCCUUGGGCUGAUGGGCCUUAUCACAUCAGCUGCAUCGUCAGUCUCAUAUGCUGCUGUUACAACAUCUUCGGCUGUGACCAGCGGUGCCAAGAUGAUUUUCCUACCUUUUUAUGGAUCUUCUGAAUCAACAAAGGAAACCACCAGUAAAACUGUCAUCACAACUCCAAAAGUGGAACAGAAUGUCAAUGUGAACAAUCCCUCGGUAGUUGAAAUUGUGGACCGAGUAUUGGGAAGUGAGGAGUUGAAAACCCUCAUUGCAGCUGUGGCAUCAGAGAGUUCCACUAAGGGGCAGUUGACUUUGGAUGAUGUAUCAAAUCUUGUGAAAUCUGUUGUUGAAGGAGAACUUACCACCUUCAAAGAGGAAGCGUCUGCCUUGCGAGACGAGGUGGGCUCAAAGAUUUCAAUAACAGAGGAUACCAACAACUACAUCUUGUCUAUGCAGGCACAUCAAGAACACCUUAUCAAGCAAUUGGAUGAGUUGGGCACAAGACUAAUCAAGAUGGAAGGGUCUAACGAGGAGAGUCAGAAACUAUCAGCAGAACAGCGUCAAGAGUAUGAAGACCAGUUGACAGGUCUCAAGAAGGAGAUAGACCUGCUUGGCACCCAUCUCAACAAAUUACAGACCGACCACACCAACCUUGCCACUGAAGUUAAGAGCUGUUGCAAAAAUAGCAGUCUGACGUUAGCUGACGUAGAGAGACACGUCACCACUUUACUUGGGGACAUCCUAGGCCUACCAGCAUCCUCUCAAGAUGAAGGAGCAGAAGAUGGAGUGAAUACCUGGAGUGCGGGAGAGAUGGGUGCAUGGCUGAAGAGCUAUUUUGUUGCCAAGGAUGAGCUGGAAACGAGACUCAAUUUGCUAACAGCUUCAAUGCAAAUGAAACCAGUGGAAGGUGAGACUGAUACAGACAAAGCUUCAGGAGUUCUGAUACAGCAGACAAUAGCACAGACCACUCAGAUGGUAAUGGACACGGUUUUGGAAAAAUUACGAGCAGAGAUCCAUAAGCAGCACUCUGAGUUCUCUGACCAGGCACAGCAACAGGUGACUGAGCAAGUCAAUCUCCAGAUGCAGGCAGCAGCUGAAGUCCUGGGAACACAGAUUACAGAUCAAUAUACCACAAAGGUGCAGAUUACAGAUCAAGUCAAAAUUGCUGUAGAUUCAGCAGUUGAGGAAUCUGUAUCCAAGUCAGUUGCCUCAGUUGUACCGGAAGUUGUAGCAAAAGCAGCACCUGAUAUGGUUGCAGCAGUUGUUCCUGACAUUGUUGCACAAGCUGUUCCAGGUGCAGUAAAGAUUGCAGUUGCAGAGGCUGUACCAGAAGCUGUAGAAAUGAAAGUGUCUAGUGCUGUAUCAUCUGCUGUACGAGAUGCAGUUGCUGAGACUGUUCCUGAAGCUGUCGCUAAAGCUGUACCAGAAGCUGUAUCAGAAGCUCUACCAGAUGCUGUCAAUGAAGCAGUCAACACAGCUGUUCCUGAGGCAGUAUCAGCUGCAGUUCCAGAAGCUGUUGCCUCUGCUGCACCAGAAGUGGUAGCCUCACUCCUGCCAUCUGUUGUACAGGCUGCAGUAAAUGAGACAGUGUCAUCAGCAGUUCCUGCUGCAGUGGAAAUGAUUGUAAAUAAGGCAGGUGAUCAAGAUUUAAAGCAGAGUGGAGGUGACAACAUUGCCAUUAUGGGAGUCUCCUCUGCAACAGACAGUAGUGAAGAAGGGAAACUAUCUGCUACAGUCAACAUUUCUCAGAAUCUUAAUAAUGGAUCAAACUUUUCAUUUGUACCAUCUGGCAGUGCAUUCUCAGCAGGGUUAAAUGAAUCUGCCGUAAUACAGAUAGUUAAGGAUGCACUCAUGAAGUAUGAUGCAGACAAGACUGGAAUGGUGGAUCAUGCCCUAGAAACUGCCGGAGGAAAUAUUAUAUCUACACGCUGCACAGAGAGUUACCAGGUACACCAGGCUGAAGUGAGCAUUCUUGGAUUCCCCGUAUACCGCUACUCAACCAAUACCCCUCGCACCAUCAUCCAGCCGGGCCGCAUGCCUGGUCAGUGCUGGGCAUUCAAAGGAUCUCAGGGCUACAUUGUGAUUCAGCUGGCUGGAUCCGUCCGACCAACUGGAUUUAGCCUGGAGCACAUACCCAAGUCUCUGUCACCCACGGGGGAAAUUGACUCUGCCCCCCGUGAGUUCGAGGUAUGGGGCCUGCAUCAAGAGAGUGACGAAGGCGUUCAUCUUGGAAACUAUGAGUAUAACCAGAACGGAGAUCCGCUUCAAUACUUCCCGGUCACGGAGGAAAAUGCCCAAUAUUUCCCAAUGAUUGAGGUCAAAAUUAAUAGUAAUCAUGGGAAUUUGCAAUACACCUGCAUUUACAGAUUUAGGGUUCAUGGUUUGCGGUAUGUUUAAAUGAUGUACCAUCGAUCUCAAGUGCUAUUAACUUUAGAUGUGACUGUGGCCUUAGAUUCAACAACUCCAUUUGCAUAUCUGGAUGAGUCAUACUAUCCUAUUUUGUCAAAUACUGCCAAUCUCCUGUCCACUGAUUUUUAUUUUAAAUUUUUGUAUAGAUUGCUUGACUGAAAUUCAGAAUCCCAAAGCCAUAUGUGCUUUUAUGAAGUUGGAUGUAUUGUAAAGACAUCAGUACCUGUUGUUGCCAGGGUAGUGAAUCCCUUGGUGAAUAUGAAAGUGUGAUAGUGUUUUCUCUUUUAAUUUCUUUAUUGUACAGUAAGACUGGACUGCAAGCUUUAUAUUCUUGUACAUUGUACAGCACAUUUCCUCUGGAAUGAAAAAUUGAUCUCUUGUAUGUAUAUUUCAUUCUUUCAUUGAAGAAAUACAAAAUUGAUGUGCAAGUUGCUAAGUUCAUUUUAAGCUACUUACUCAGCUAACUCUUGAUUUACAUCAUUGAUGAAAAACUCUCCUUCCCAAGAUAAUGCAAUUUUUAUAAAUUUGGUUACCUUUCAGAAUUAUUUUCUUUGUAUUCAAACUGCAGUAUAUUUAAGAAUUUGAGUCAUUAGUUUUUGUUUUAACUGUACUGUAUAGAAAGAUAUUCCCUUAUUUUAAGAUUCCAAUACAUCAACAAAGAAAGGUCAUAUUGGUUCAUGUAUGAAAUUUUCAAGAACUUCACAUUUUUGUAAGUCAAGGUGUUGUAUUGUUUGGGAUAUUUUUGAAUGUCUGUGAAAAAUAACUUCAUGUUUGUUGAUUGUUUGUAUAUAUGUAUGAGAGAAAGAGAGAGAGAGAGCGAGAGAGUGAGAAGAGAGAGUGAAUUUACAGUUCAGGUCUGCAUUUGCACAACUUUGUGCUGCAAAAUGCAUAAGAAGCAAAUGUAUUUUUUUUAAUCCGGUAAAAGGAAAACAAAGCAUUGGUGCUGAACAUAGCCUUCCCAGCCCAAAGAUUAAAAUUUUAUGGUGGCCUGUUACCUGCCACUGGUUGGUCAUGAAGUUAUCUGUACCUGUAGAAGGUAUUGUAUUUGUUGCAGAAUGGAAGCACUAAGGAUUAUUCUUCCAUGAUGAAUUAGUCCGCAGUUUCACUUUAAAAAAAUCAGUGGAGGCUAUGAUAUGGUUGUCAAGAGUUCACUCUAAUGUUGCCAAAGGUUGCUUAAGAUUGUGCCAUUCACAAGUAAUGAAGUUUACUCCGUGCCUGUUUUAGAGGCUUAGAUAAACUAGUAAUUUGAAUAGUCAAAUUGAAACCUUCAAACAACCCAAAGAUGUGUAGGGCCUGAUACUGCACAUGUAUUUUUAACAUGAGGUACAAAGAGGAACAAUGUUAGUAUUUGUAUGUAGAUGUAUGUACUUAUUUUGUACAGGUCUUGGACAUAAACUUUGUAAGAAAAAUUUUGUACAUUUAUGAAAAGACACAAAAACAGGAUAUAUUAUAUAUAUGUAUGGGAGAAUAACUGUUGGCUCGAGCCUGGUCUGCAAAUCUUCAUUUUCAUGCUUCCAGGGUGUUAAUUUUUUCUUUUCUUUUUUCUUUUAUUUUCUCUUAAUUUGCUAGUCUCCAUUCUUGAUCAGCCAGAAGAAACUAAUAAAAUAUUAACACAUUUUA